AUGCGGCCUCCCCGAGCGUACCAGGGCUCAAUCCACCUGGGCGGCAAGAUAAUCAGCAAGUCAUUCCUCCGCCCGAGGCUUUUCGCCAUUCGUAGGUCUGGAGAGAAGCUUUACAACCCCGACGGCUCGGAAAUCCGCCCCCGGUGGCCAAAGCGCAAGGAUCCUGAGGACAAAUACACUCGGACUGAGUCGGCGGAGAGCGAGACCCCACGACUUCCCAGGGAUGAGGCUGGCAGUAGCAGGUUCGCUUCGGCGCCUGGUCCUCAGGUAAUUCCCGAGCAUCUCCAGGAGCCGUCGGAUUUCGCCUUCGAUGGCAUUGCUCCUCACACCCCGAGCGAGAUGUCGGCACUCCGAGUCCCUCGUCCCGGUAACCCCGUCGCCAAGACUCUCGAGUCCGCGCCGACCCGUGACAAUGAGUCUCCCAAGUCCGAGGACGAAAGGGUCGAUGGAAUCUUCGGCGGUGCCAAGCGCCAGCGCGAGCGGGAGCGCGGCAUGUUCGGAGUCUUCAAGUACGGGCCGAGCAAGAACAAUCAGGGAAAUCCCCCCACCCCGACCCCUCAGAAGCGAUUCAAGAGCGAGCCGAUCUCGUCGGGCUCGAAGCGCUCCCUCUCUAAGGAGCAUGCGUCUGGCAAGUUUGAUGAUAUUAGCCCCCGGCUGAGGGAGUUGUUUAAGCGUAAGCAGAGCAAGGAUGAGGAGAGUGACGGUCUUUCCACCACGCCUUCGAAGAAGCCUCGUCGUAUCGGUCUGUUCAGUCGUUUCAUGUCUCAGCCGUCGGGAAUUUUGCCCCCAUCCCCCAUCGAGAAGCUUGUUGAGAGUCCUCGAGGUGCGCAGCCUGUCGCUACACCUCGUCGUCAGACUGCCCCCGCUGGAAGCGCGACGGCCGCCACGCCUCGAUCGAUCAAGGUGGAGCGCCCAGAGUCUGAGAAGGACGAGCAGGAGAGGAUUCCGUUUUUGAAACUUCCGUAUGCUGAUUCGAACGAUGACGAUGGCUUUACGCCCGUCAACCCCCCUGGCAUGUGGAAAAACAAGGGUCGAAACAAUCCCUUCGCUCGGAAGGAUCAUUAA